AUGCUAAUGCGCAACGCAAUCAGGUGGGCGAUGGCUUUUCAGAACAGUCAUUUUUCCUUGGCGUAUGACCGACCAUCCAUCACCAUGAUCAACCAGCCGGAGAUCCCGUACGAUCCGAAAUCGAUGCCCGGUCACCGAGGGUAUUUCGAAACGCUUUGCCGCCUGAUUCAGGUUGUCCUCGACAUGCUGCGAGGGCUGAUGUUCACCCACCAUUCCCACCUGCGGUACCACGAAAUCCGGGAGUAUAAGCAGCGCAUUGAACGAAUCAUUGCCGAGGCUGCACCGCAUUUGAAAUCUCGCGAACGCUGUACGACGCUCGGGGAGCAUAUCGAACGGACCGAACUGCGACUCCAUUCCUCGUAUUUCAUAUCUCUCAUGUGCCGAGUUUCGUUGGAUCCGGACACUCCGAUGGAUGAACAGCGGCGCGAAAUUGUUCGGGAGGAUUGCUUGACGAACUUGAUAAACACGAUCGAGGCAUUCAUUGAGCUGCAUUCCAUCAAUUCUCAUGCCUCGCGAACCUGGAUUAGCCUGCAACGAACCAUUGCGUCAGCAUUUCUCUUGGUAGCGAAUAACAACGAUCAGUUGCAUCCGCAGACGUGGGACUUGAUCGAGAAACUGGAAGCGGUGCUGUCGGACCAUGUUCAUGACGAUGAGAGCAGCGAUCACAACAGCAAGACGGACUCGGCCAAGCACCUUGCAUCUUCCCUUCACGCUCUUCGGGAGGUCAGUGCCGCCUUCCGUGCGCGCAAAACGCGCCAUCGGGUGGUGCCGAAGGUGGUACCUAGCCUGCAGAACACUUCCCCUGCCACCUCGUUCGCAUCGCCAUCCUCCACUCUGGGAUCGGGGGUACCAGCGUACUCCUCUGGCCAGAGCGUUUCUCCCGACGGGCAGAUUGACAACAUUCUUAACCAGGUUUCGGAUGUAAUGCUAUUUCCCAGCAUGAGUUCGGGAAAUGCUUGA